AACACACUGAGGGCGGGCUGAAUCUGUAGGCUAGUCGUCUCUCUUUCGUUGUCUGCACUCAUUAGAUCUCGUCGCAGAGUUUUGAGAGCUUCAAGUAGAGCGUGACUUGAGACAAUAAUAACAUCAUGCGAAGGCAAUAGCGAAACUAACAAAAGAUAAUGACAGAGAGAAAAUACGCAGGUCCAGUUCUCUGGCGAGGAAACGGCACAAUGGAUUAAUGCUUUAAUGUAGUGAAUUUUCACACGUGGACAUUUAUUAUUAUUGUUUAUUUUGUUAAAUACAAGCGCGUGCUGAACGGAGCGGGUACGAGGGGUUGAAUGCAGCCGCGCGAAGCGAACUGUCUACCGUGUCUACAGUUAGUGCUGGAAGCGGUCCACAGAGGAAGAAGACAGACGUGAUGAUAUUCCACAAAGGAUAACAGUUUGGUGCUGUCAGCAGUUCAUGGAGGAAGAAGACAGAUGUGAUGAUAUUCCACAAAGUAUAACAGGGUGAGAGUUGUGGAACAGGGUGAUGGGAGUCCAGGACUCUCUAUUGCCAGGAUUACGGCAUGUCAUGAAGCAGUCGGCUCAACUUCUGCUGCUGGUUCUACUGCUCUGGAUGCUGCUUUUCCUUGCUGUCUUUACCUACUUAACUGACUCGAGUUCCCCUUUCAACUCUGAAUCUCAACACUCAACCUAUGUUCAGCAUAGUGCCCAGGCCAUCAUGGCGUCCCAUAAUUCCCGCUGGGGUCUGUAUGCAGAGAGGAGGGGUCCUUUCCAGCGCAGGCAAGUGUUUCAACCUCCUCGCACUAGAGAAGAGUUUAAUUUCAGGAAUUCUGAUGAACGUCCUAAAAAAGUGACUCCUAACAGUAACUACAGUAAUGACUAUUUUUCCAAUGGCUGGUCGCUGGUUCGUGGUCUGUGGAAGGGACAAGUGUCCUCCAAAAUGCUAAGCCAACGACUACGGCGAGCCAUGAGGGACCAUGCUCACUCUAAUAAGCACAAAGUUCUCUACAAAGGCCAACAAAAGACAACCAAGAGUAGACAGGAGAUGCUGUGUCAGAUGAAACAGCAAGCAAAACUCAGGACUCUGGAUGGCUCUGAACAGCCCUUUUCUCACCUAGGUUUUCAACAGCUGGCUCCUCAUAAAUUGCAGCAGAUGUACACAACAUGUGCUGUGGUGACUUCAGCAGGGGCAAUACUUGACUCAUCACUGGGACGUGAAAUUGAUUCCCAUGAUGCAGUGCUGCGUUUCAAUGCUGCACCCUGCAAGGGCUAUGAAAGAGACGUGGGCAGCAAGACAACCAUUCGAAUCAUGAACUCUCAGAUUCUAGCAAACCCCAAACACAAAUUCAACAGCAGUUUGCUCUAUAAGAACAUUACCUUGGUAGCCUGGGAUCCUGCUCCUUAUAACAUUGACCUGCAUAAGUGGUACCAGCAUCCAGAUUAUGACCUGUUUACUCCAUACAUAAAUCACAGGAACAAUUUCCCUGAGCAGCCCUUUUAUAUCCUGCAUCCUUCAUUUAUCUGGAAACUCUGGGAUAUUGUGCAAAGCAACACACUGGAGAACAUUCAACCCAACCCUCCUUCCUCAGGAUUUAUAGGUAUAGUCGUGAUGAUGAACUUUUGUGAGGAGGUCCAUGUGUACGAGUACAUUCCUUCCAUGAGACAAACUAAUCUGUGCCAUUAUCAUGAGAUGUAUUACGACGCAGCCUGCACAUUUGGGGCAUACCACCCUCUGCUUUACGAGAAACUGCUUGUCAAGCGAAUGAGUACAGCUUCUGAGAAGGACCUCAAGAAAAAGGGAAAGGUCACACUGCCAGGAUUCAGUAAGAUCAAGUGUCCACUGUGAUUUACAGACUCAAACGUACAGUCGCAUAAAAAGGUGUACGGGUCUUCAAGACUGUACGAGCCCUUCAAACUUAAACUAACACAGACUUUUAUCAUCUAAUAGGGGUUUUACCCAUAGUUCUUGUAACAAACUGAGACAAGACAUUACAAUGAGGAGGGUAAUUAAGCAAUUUCAAAAGUCUGAUCAUCUCAGAUGGUCCUUAUGCUGAAAGACAUGUAACAGAGAUUACAUACAUUUAGAGAUUACAUAUGCUGUGUACACAAAACAUGGUUGUGAUGCAGGACAAAACGAGAGUUUCAAAAUAAAUUCUCAAUUUGAAUGUUUAAAUAUGGUAAGCUACAGUAUGAAAUGAGUCGAAAUGGAAAGAGAUUUCUCUUUUCUGUCUAUCUGAGCUGUUCUCAUAAUAUUUUGUGGUAAUUUGUGAUUAAAUCUCUUGCCGUUGUCAUUGGUUGAAUGACACUUCAAAGCUGUUAAUGUACUAUAAUGUACUAUAAGUGUUAGAUUUUAACUCUAGAUAAUUGAUCAGUGUCAUUUUUAAAGGUGUUUUAUGAAUAAUUCAUUUCAUAAUAUAAAUCUGUUUUGAAUGUGAACUACUACUGACAAACCUCUCUGAGAAGAGUGUCUUGCUCAGAAAAGUUUAACACUGACUGUUGUGCAUAUUAUUUCUUUUAACCUUUUUAUUUACGUCUUGCAUUUCAGUAAAAAGUUUGAUGUUUUUCAAAAACCUGUAAUAUAUUUUGACAGAAAAUGGUGUCGCUGUACAAAUACUUAACCUGCUGUUAUUGUUUAAAGAACUCACAUUUUGAAAGGAGUUUAGUAUUAUUUAUCAUUUCCUACAAUCAAUUUUGUACUCUGCAUCGUUCCUUCUAUAAGAUGGUAAUUUGUUUCAUCAUUGUGGAUGUUGGAUUAAGAUUUGUGGAAGGAAUGUUAAUUUUUAUGGAACCAUGGUGUAUAUGAUAAGAAAUCAAAUCCCAUGAAUUAAUGCUAAUUAAAAAGUUGGAAU